UACGGUUUUCUGCGCCGGAACAGAUCCGCCCCCGGAGAUACCGAUCAAACGAAUUUCACACGGCGGUCUGGGGUCGGCCUCGAUCGGGCGAUGAAAAAUGGUUGAGGACAAAUACAUCGGCCUUACAUUGGCGGUCUUGUCGACGUUAGCCAUCGGCUCGAGUUUCGUUAUCACAAAGAAGGGCCUAAAUGAGGCCAGCGAACGCCAUGGGUUCGCAGGCGAGGGGUUCUCAUAUUUCAAGAGCCCGAUGUGGUGGGGUGGGAUCAUAACAAUGGUUGUCGGAGAAGUCGCGAAUUUCGCUGCAUAUGCGUUCGCGCCGGCCAUAUUGGUCACUCCGCUGGGAGCGCUGAGUGUGCUCAUCGGCGCCGUAUUGGGAUCAUACUUUCUGGAUGAGAGAUUAGGCACGUUGGGAAAGAUCGGAUGCGCUGAAUGUCUCAUCGGCUCGGUCAUCAUCGUUUUACAUGCGCCCCCGGAUGAAGAGAUUGACCGUAUAGAUGUGCUUCUCCAAUACGCUUUGCGGCCAGGAUUCAUGUUCUAUUGCGCGAUUGUCCUGACGUUUUCCGUUGUGAUGAUUUACAGGAUUGCGCCGAGAUACGGCCGCAGUAAUCCGAUGAUUUAUAUUUCCAUUUGCUCGGCCGUCGGUUCGGUUUCCAUCAUGGCUGUCAAAGCCUUCGGCAUCGCGCUCAAGCUCACCUUAAGCGGGCACAAUCAAUUCGGAUACCCCUCGACAUACGUGUUUGCGAUAGUGGUGGUGGUCUGCAUCCUGACCCAAAUGAACUACUUCAACAAAGCGUUGAGCCAAUUCUCCACUUCAAUAGUUAACCCCCUCUACUACGUCACCUUCACCACCGCCACCCUCUGCGCCUCCUUCAUCCUCUUCCGCGGCUUCAACACCACCGACGCCAUCAACACCGUCUCCCUCCUCUGCGGCUUCCUCGUCAUCUUCUCCGGCGUCUACCUCCUCAACCUCUCCCGCUCCGACCCCGACGGUCUCACUAUCCUCCGCGGGGAACCCACCGCCGACGCCAUCCCCACCGACGCCAUCGCCGGCUUCACCACCCGCCGGUCCAUGCAGCUCCGCCGCAGCAUCGACCUCGAGAACCAACGCCACGGCCAUCGCCGCCUCGGUAGCGGCCAUCACCGCCGUCGCAGCAGCUCGGGGAGCUUGGGGAUCGGCUUGGGCGACCGUGAAGGGCUGCUGAUGCGGGAUUACGAGGGCGAAUUACACCCCGACCGGGUGAAUGGCCAUGCUGCGCAGAGUCCGUCGCAGAACACCUUCGGGCUGGAUGACCUGACGGAGGACAGCGAGGAGGAGCGGGUGGCGGAGACGAACGUGCGGAAAGAAGGGCAGGAGGUGCUGAAGGGGGAGGAUGGAGCGCAUACGGUGGUACGGACGGGGACGCCGACGCGGUUGAGUGGAAGUGGGAGGGCGAGACAUCCGGGGGAUAAGUAACAGAGGAGGGUUUAUGUAUGAAUGCUGUACGAGGGAAUUGUCGGGAUGGCAUUAGUUUUUCAUUGGGUUGGGGUGAUACCGCAUGCGGCCGGCCGUCGCCGGUUCUCCGCACGUCUGCGAGGGCCCGGCAGCGGAUGGAGAUGGCGUUCGGUAGGGGAUCUCGCUGGGACGUUUGAGUGUCCCACGUUUUGCAUUUGUAGGGCAUGUCGCAUCGGCCUGCUUGGGCGAUGGUCGCUAAGGUACACUAUGCUGUAU